AUGCGCACCAACGCGGUUUUUCCUCUGCUCUACAGCACUGGGGUGGCCGGGUUAAACCUGGCUUGGGAUAUUGAUUCCAGUAAUUUUCUGGACAAGUUUGAUUUUUUCACGGACGCAGAUCCUACUAACGGAUUUGUGAAAUAUGUUGACCAGAGCACCGCAUCCAGCGCCAGCCUUUUCAACACCAGCAACAACCAGAUAUAUCUCGGUGUUGACCACACUACUACGUUGAGUACCUCGGAUGCGGGCCGCAACUCGGUGCGUGUGACGAGCAAGGAUACCUUUAGCAGUGGUAUCCUUAUCACGGACUUUGAGCACAUGCCCACCGCUGCAUGUGGUAUAUGGCCAGCCUACUGGACAUUAAACAACAACGGCAAUCCAUACGGCGAAAUCGACAUCAUCGAGAGCUAUAACGAUGUGGGCUAUGCUUAUCUCUCCCUGCACACAUCCAAUGCUUGUACUAUGACGGGCAGCGAUUUCACCGGCACCAAUCCCCGUACCGACUGCAGUUUGUCCGGCAACACUGGUUGUGGCGUCCAAGGUACUGACGCUCAGUUUGGGGAGGACUUCAACUCUGCCGGUGGCGGUGUCUAUGUUCUCUCCUUGCAAGACUCGCUCAAAGUUUGGGUUUUCCAACGAAGCGAUAUUCCAGCCGAUAUUACUAGUGGAAGCCCAGAUCCAUCCGGAUGGGGUCAACCUUUGCUUGAUCUUGAGUCGACCAGUGGAUGCGACAUUGCCAGCAAUUUCAUCGAUCAGAGCGUGAUUUUCAACAUCGACUUUUGUGGAGCCAAUGGCGCCGGUGGUCAGGAAUGGACCGACUGGACGGAUUGCUCUACAAAGACUGAAACAUCGACGUGCAAUGCUUACGUUGCUGCAAACCCGAGCGUGUAUGAGGAGACAUACUUCUCGAUCAACUCGAUCAAAUUAUACCAAUAG